AUGGGGGACACCAUCUUCUAUGGCUCGCUCUACAACGGCUUUAUACACGUGAGGUUAAACGUCACCAGGGGCGGCAGAUCCUAUGUGUUCAGCAUGACAUACGUGACACAGGUGGGGGCGAGUCGAGACGUGAUGCCAGCGUGGAUGUUCAACACAAGUCUCCUGGGAGAGGAGGUGCUGAGCCGCCCAGACUCGCCCUUCCAGCUCGUCGCCUACAGCUCCUUCCUGCAUGACCUCACCACACUGAACUCAACACUGGACUACAGAAGAGCGGCAACCUCGCACCUGCUGCCCAGCAUGCGCCACCACUUGCAGGGCGCGCGGCGGCGAGUGACCGUCUUUGGCCCGUGGGCGGCCAGAGAGGACAUCAAGCCGCGCUGGGUGAUCAACCGAAGCAACAACGUGCGCGGCAUAGCCUUCGAGGAGGAAGCUUCCAGGCUGCUACCACAAGAAGGAUUUGAAAGGUUUAUGCCAAUGACCUCACUAACGCUCCCUCGAGCGGCGAAUGUCGCGAAGCGGCGCGGGCUGGUCGCGUCGGCCGCCGUGCUGCUACCCGGCGGCGCGAUCGUGCUGCUCCCUAGCGCGAUCGUGCUGUCCGUCUACCUGGCCCUCCACGCCGUGAUCACUCUCUCGCCCCCGGACAUGACAGCGCUUAUCGGCCAGCCCGUGUUGCUGUACCAUUCGCAGUCGCCGCUGUCGCAGCACAAGGGCGCAGCGGGACUGCUUAUAACGGAGCAGCAGUUCAGGAGAACGGCGAGAGUGACAGAGGCGCCGGCAUGGGAUGAUGCUGUGGACGGGUGGACUGACUUGCGACUGGCAGCUCGAGUCAAGUACCGGCCUUCCUCCUCCUCACACCAGGUUUGCUUCACAGCGCCCUUCCCAGGCCCCUACCUGCUCUCGCUGCAUCUGGUCUUCACCAACGUAUGUCAGCUGCGCACUAUUCUCGACAGAGCUUACAACCAAGGCUACCAAAACUAUAGCCUUGUGGCCCUUCGCAAGCUGCAAGUCUCCAGCCCCCCGCGGUACUCCCCAGAUGCGCUCAG